AUGAGGAUGUUGUGUCUGGGCGUCAGGUCCGCCAGGUCCACACUUUCCUCCUCAAAGUUCUGGACUCGUCUCCCCGGGGGGCCCGUCUUCUGCUGCUCUACCGGGCCCAGGGCCCCCCCGGGGGGGCCGGAUCCUCCGGGCCCCGAAGGGGCCUCGGCCGGACCGGAGCAGCCGGAAUCCGGAGCAUCUACCGGACCGGAGCAGCCGGAGCCCCCGGGACCGACCCAGGAGGCCCUGGUGGCUUCUGGGCCGGCGCCGGAACCUCCGGGGGAACCCUGGGACCCGGCCCGGGGCCCCCCGGCCCCCCCCGCCCACUGCUGCAUGAGCGGCUGCCACAACUGCGUGUGGAUCGAACACGCCGAGCAGCUGCUAGCUUACUACCAGGACGGGGGGGACCGGGCCCUCGCCGCCAUCGAGGAGAACGUCCUGGACCAGAACCUGAGGGCCUACCUGCAGAUGGAGGUCCGGAUGCUCAAGAAGAACCCCUGAUGGUACCAGGACCACGUCCUGGACCAGGACCACGUCCUGGACCAGAACCUGAGGGCCUACCUGCAGAUGGAGGUCCGGAUGCUCAAGAAGAACCCCUGAGAGCCCGUCCAGCCAGGUGGCUUCUGGGUAAUUUUAUAGAUGUGAACAGGACGAACCGCCGGCUGAUUAGACGUCGAUGUUUGAUCGUUGGACGUCAACGUGUGUUUUGUGGAUUUCCAGAGAAAAUGACUCUGAGUUGGACUGAAAUUUACAAAGUGGUGAACCGGGCCGGACUUGUUUUCUGGUUUCCAGACCGAACCACGGUU